AUGGGUAACUGCAAAGAUUUCUUGCAAAUAGUCAGCAUGAACGCAGCUGGGCGGAACGGAAGGAAGCACGUCUUUCAGGAUCUGCUUGAGAAAGAAGAGCCUGAAAUAGUGUUCCUUCCGGGAGGCAGCCCAGGACUUGACACCUUAACGCAAACAAGAUAUAAACAUCUACUAGACCCUGCCUACAAAGAACCUGUUCUCCUGUAUGAUUCGACACGUCUGAAGGUCAACCAACUACCGGCGAGUCCACAGUCCUCCCGUCCUGCUUGUGCUUUUGACAAAGUUCUAGCGCCUCUUAUAGACAUUAACUCACCAGCUCCAACACAAAACAUUGUGAAGCAGUUCAUCUGCGUAAAUUGGCACUGGAAAUUGUCUGAGACUGGAGGAUCACAAGUGUUGUAUGAAAAUGGAAGAAUGUACAUGAUGUUUGCGCAGAAUCUUGCAUAUUUCACCGGAAAAGAAGUUUUUAUCGGUGGCGACUUUAAUUUACCACUGUCAAAAAUAAAGGAACUGAUCGAUGAACACAACAGUUUGAUCCAGCAAGGCAUCGACAGCAUAAAACCACAAUUUCAGAAGUUUGGUUACAUGUAUUGUAUGACCGAAGAAAUCUUUAGACCCGAGCGAAGACUUCGGCAACUAAAACUACACAAGAGCGACAAUUCUAAUUCAACAGAAACAAAUUACUUCGUUGCCUCCAAGGAAAUGCAGCUACAUAAGACGAGACAUGAAAAGAUGGAAAGUCUUUCAUAUCGUUACACCAGGCUACAGUUACAGACUGGAGUGGUGACUGGUAACUGUCCAGAACCGACUUACACCAAGACUGAAAUGUACAUCCCACCAAGGCCCCCCAAACACCACGGGGGAUAGAAGAAAGACUGAUCUUUCAAACAUGAUCUAUAAAUA